AUGUCUAGGUGCAGCAGCAGCAGUAGCAGCAGCAGCAGCAGCAGCAGCAGCAGAAGCAGCAGCAGCAGCAACCCCAGCAUCAGCAGCAGCAGAACCACCAUCACCACCAGCAACAGCAGCAUCUCCACCGCUACUACCAGCAGCAACCACAGCAGCAGUAGCAGCAGCAGCAGCAGCAACACCACCGCCACUGGCAACCACAGCAGCAGCAACAGCAGCAGCAGCAACAGCAGCAGCAGCAGCAGCAGCAGCAGCAGCAGGUUUCUUACGGUAGAACCACCAUCACCACCAGCAACAGCAGCAUCUCCACCGCUACUACCAGCAGCAACCACAGCAGCAGCAGCAGCAGCAGCAACACCACCGCCACCGGCAACCACAGCAGCAGCAACAGCAGCAGCAGCAGCAGCAGCAGCAGCAGCAGCUGGUUUCUUACGGCUCUGGAUCGUAAAGGAACUGCAAGAGGGCCGGCAGCAGCACAGUGAGGCGGACACCCCCAGACACGGACUGUACAUACACCCCAAACGCAUACAACACAACACCCUCACCAGCAGCAGCAGCAGCAGCAGCAGCAGCAGCAAUUGCAGCAGCGACAGCAGCGGCGGUGUGUCAGCACAGCAGCAAGAGGGCCGGCAGCAGCACAGUGAGGCGGACACCCCCAGACACGGACUGUACAUACACCCCAAACGCAUGCAACACAGCACCCUCAACAGCAGCAGCAGCAGCAGCAGCAGCAGCAGGUGCAGCAGCAGUUGCAGCAGCGGCAGCAGCGGCGGUGCGUCAGCAACGCAGCAUGGGGAGCAGCAGCACAGCAGCAGCAAGAGCAACAGCAGCAGCACCACCAGCAGCAGUAGCACCACUAGGAGCAUCAAGAAACAGCAGCAACAGCAGCAACAGCAGCAACAGCAGCAGCAGCAGGCAGCAGCACAGCAGCAGCAAGAGCAACAGCAGCAGCACCACCAGCAGCAAAGCAGCUGCUGCAGUUCUCUCCUCUACGCUAGCAUCAUCAGCAGCAGACUGAAGCUGCUGCAGCAGCGGCAGCACGCGGGCCUCCACUGUCUCCUCCCCCAGACCAGGCGACAUCUGCAGCAGCAGCAGCAGCAGCAGCAGCAGCAGCAGCAACAGCAGCAGCAGCAACAGCAGCAGCAAGUUGCUUUGAACAAAUUAACAGGUCCCCGUCAGCAGCAGCAGCAAUCCAGCCGCAGAAGCAGCAGCAGCAGCAGUUUCAGCAGCAGCAGCAGUUUCAGCAGCAGCAGCAGCAGCAGCAGCAGCAGUAUGAUCAAAAGCAGCAGCAACAUCAGAAGCACAAGCAGCAGCAGCAGCACAGACAUCAUCAUAAGCAGCAGCACAAACAUCAUCAUAAACAGCGACAGAAGCAGCAGCAACAGCAACAGCAAGCAGCAGCAGCAGCAGUAUGAUCAAAAGCAGCAGCAACAUCAGAAGCACAAGCAGCAGCAGCAGCACAAACAUCAUCAUAAACAGCGACAGAAGCAGCAGCAACAGCAACAGCAGCAACAGCAACAGCAGCAGCAGCAGCAGCAACAGCAGCAGCACAAACAUCAUCACAAGCAGCAGCAGCAGCAGCAUCAGCAUCAGCAGCAACAGCAUCAGCAACAACAACAACAGCAGCAACAGCAACAGCAGCAACAGCAUCAGCAGCAACAACAACAACAGCAGCAGCAGCAGCAUCAGCAGCAGCAACAGCAGCAGCACAAACAUCAUCAUAAGCAGCAGCAACAGCAAGAGCAGCAGCAGCAGCAUCAGCAGCAGCAACAGCAGCAGCCCAAGCAUCAUCACAAGCAUCAGCAGCAGCAGCACGAACAUCAUCACAAGCAGCAGCAGCAGCAGCAUCAGCACCAGCAGCAACAACAACAGCAGCAGCAGCAGCAGCAUCAGCAGCAGCAGCAGCAGCAGCAGUAG